AAAACCAAACACGUAGAAAACUUGAGAGUUCAACAUAUCAUUCUGUUAAAUAUCUAAGUUGUAACGCCUCUACUCCAUUGCGCUGUUGGUCAAUUCAGAAGAAUGGGAGGAGGAUUUAGGGUGUUGCAUCUCGUGAAGCCAUUCCUUUGGUUUCUGCCUCAAGUUCAAAGUGCGAACAGGAAGAUUCCCUUGAGAGAGAAACUUAUAUACACUGUGAUUUCUCUUUUGAUAUUCUUGGUUUGCAGCCAACUUCCCCUGUAUGGCAUACAUUCCACUACUGGAGCUGAUCCCUUCUACUGGAUGCGUGCUAUUCUUGCCUCAAGCCGUGGAACUGUCAUGGAGUUGGGAAUCACACCCAUUCUCACAUCUGGACUGCUGAUGCAGCUUCUGGUCGCCUCCAAAAUCAUUCAACUUGACAACAACGUCCGCGAUGGUGCUCAGAAGCUUCUUGGCAUCUUGAUUGCUGUUGCUGAGGCUGUUGCUUACGUUCUCUCGGGAAUGUAUGGAAGCGUUGGCGUGGGGAAUGCUAUAUUGAUUAUUCUGCAACUGUGCUUUGCUGCUAUAAUUAUGAUUUGCUUAGAUGAGAUGCUUCAAAAGGGUUAUGGUUUUGGUUCUGGGAUUUCCUUAUUCAUUGCUACCAAUGUCUGUGAAAGUAUAAUCUGGAAAGCAUUCAGCCCUGUAACUAUCAAUAAUGAAUUUGAAGGGGCUGUCACUGCAUUGCUCCACUUGCUUAUAUCCGGAACAGAUAGAGUUGGAGAGGCAUUUUACCGCCAGAAUCUUCCAAAUGUGGCCAAUCUUGUUGCUACUGUGUUCAUCUUCCUCAUCGUGAUGUAUUUGCAAGGUUUUAGAGUGGUGUUGCCCGUGAGAUCUAAGAAUGGCCGUGGACAACAAGGCUCUUACCCAAUUAAGCUUUUCUAUACCUCCAACAUGCCUAUCAUCCUUCAGUCUGCCCUUGUAUCCAAUCUUUACUUCAUUUCUCAGCUGUUAUGCAAGAAAUAUGGUGGAAAUUUGUUGGUCGACUUGUUGGGCACGUGGAAGGAAUCUGGAUAUUCAGGUGAAUCGAUUCCAGUUGGCGGCCUUGCUUACUAUGUUACUGCUCCAUCAAGCUUAGCAGACGUGGCAGCGAAUCCUUUCCACGCACUUUUCUAUAUAGUAUUCAUGCUAUCAGCGUGUGCCCUGUUCUCGAAGACCUGGAUUGAGGUUUGUGGAUGGUCUGCGAGAGAUGUGGCGAAGCAGCUCAAGGAGCAAGGAAUGGUUAUGCCUGGCCACAGGGACUCCAAUUUGCACAAGGAACUGAAGCGCUAUAUCCCGACCGCUGCUGCUUUUGGAGGAAUGUGCAUUGGUGCAUUGACUGUGUUGGCGGAUUUCACGGGUGCCAUCGGUUCGGGAACUGGAAUUCUUCUUGCAGUCACCAUCAUCCAUCAAUAUUUUGAGACGUUUGAGAAGGAGAAAGCAAGGGAGCUUGGUUUCUUCGGUUUUUAAGCUAUGCCAUGGAUUUUUAAAGCAAAUGUGCUUAGAAAUCGCAAUGUUUAAUUUAGUACUAGUGUUUUUUCGCUCUUUUU